CCCACACACACACACACACACACACACACACACACCUGUGUGAGUCUGAAUACCAGACGCAGCCAAUACAGGGGAAGAGAGUUAGGUUACGUCCAUGGAGUUCCACGGCAGCUGAACUGCUUGCUGUCGCAGCCGGCUUGACGGGCAUGACCAGUCUUCCAGAUCAGCCGGCUCGAACAGGGAAGCCUUUCUUUCGUCUGGACUGUGCCUCCUUUUGGUUGUUUUUUUUUUUCUUAUUACAUUUAACUUCUUCUUCUUCCGGGAAAAAAAAAACAAAAACAAAUCCACCAUGACGAAAAGUCUUAAGUGCACACGGAGCUUGGGCUGCUGCAUUGUGUCUUCUCUGUGUGCGGUUAACCUGGCCAUUGCUUUGGUUUACAGCUUGAGCGUAAAGAACCGGAUAUCAUUUUCACCGGGGUUUUAUUUGCCGCGGCUGAAUUUAAGCCAAGGUGUGUAUCGGACCUUAGACGGCAAAAUCUUCAGGAACACCGGGAAGGAAAGUCUGGAAACAAAUGACGCGGAACAGGCCGACGGACUGAAGAUGUGUCCUAAAAUAUCUUCGAAACUAGGGGGUCCUAUAAAAGUGUUUUUCAGGUAUAAACCACCGAGUUAUGAGUUGGUGCAGAAAGAGAACCCAGAGAUCCAGGAAGGGGGUCGCUGGCGGCCCAAAGACUGCACUGCAAGGCAGAAGGUGGCCAUAAUCAUCCCCUACAGACGGCGCGAGACCCACCUGAAGUACUGGCUCCACUACCUCCACCCCAUUCUUCAGAGGCAGCAGCUGGACUACACAGUCUACAUCAUCAAUCAGGGGGGCGACACAACGUUCAACAGAGGCAAACUGAUGAACGUGGGCUUCACCGAGGUUCAGAAGGACAAUGACUACAACUGCUUUGUCUUCAGCGACGUGGACAUCGUCCCCAUGAACGACAGAAACAUCUACAAGUGCUACAAUCAGCCCAGACAUCUCGCUGCCUCUUUAGACGUAUUUGGAUACAAACUGCGAUAUCCAGAGAUGUUUGGAGGUGUCACUGCCAUGAGCAAAGAACAGUUUGAGAGGAUCAAUGGCUUUCCCAACACCUACUGGGGUUGGGGUGGAGAAGACGAUGAUGUUUCAAACAGGAUAUUUUUAAAAGGCAUGAUCAUCUCUAGACCCGACAACUUCACUGGGAGAUGCCGAAUGAUCCGCCAUUACAGUGAUGAACACAAUGAACCUAACCCUGAAAGGUUUCUAAAAGUGAACCAAACGGCGGACACCAUGAACUAUGAUGGCUUAAAUUCCCUAAAGUAUGAAGUAGUAAACAUCAAGAAGACCCCACUCUACACCAACAUCACGGUGGAUGUCGGCAACUCGCCACAAACAAGGAGAAGGAGGCAAAGGAAUACGUGGCAGCGGAAGAAAUAAUCUUCUCUCUGAAAAUAAUCAAAUGCACAAAUUUUGAUCUCGCUUAAGGUCGUUUUUACAACAAUGUGUGAUGUGAACUGCCACACAUCAGAUUUUCGGACAUCUGAAAGAGGAAAAAAAAAAACUUGAGAAGGUGUGAUAAAGGAAAACAUGGAUCAGGAUGGAAUAAAAUGACAUUAGCGGUUUAUGAUAACAUAUGUAAUAAUAUAAUAAUAUAUAAUUUUUUAAAAGGUGUUUUAACUUUUAAAGUUAAGGUACAGAAAGAUUUGUUCUUCUUUUCAUGACAGAUAAAUCUACGUAAUGUAGACUCAUUGAUCAAUCGUCACAUUUAGACCAAGAAAAGCCAUGUUGGGUAUUUCACAGUCACUUGGUUGAGCAGAGCUCCAGAAUUCCACCCCGGGAGAACUGACGUUACAAUCAGACCGGAAGUUUUGUUCACAGUCAAAUCUGUGCAUUGACCAGUGACAGUGUCCCAGUGCAGCUUCUCCCUCAUAUACACACGCCUCAUAUACACACGCCUCAUAUACACAUGCCUCAUACACACACACCUCAUACACAGCCGG